UGAAAGAACGUAUAAGGUGCAAUUGCACCUUAAAAGUACAAUUGCACCUCCUAGAGCCUAACCUCAUUCUGGUCUAACCUAGAAGGUUUCUAGUUUGAUCCACUUUCUUCUGGAUUUUCGUCAAUAUUAUAUUUAAUAUAUCUGAUUAUAUCAAGAAGUUGAGCAAAAUUAUUUAAAAAAUCAAUCGAAUAUCAAGAAUAUCAUCCAAACGUGGUAUCUCAAGGUGAAGUCGAAGACGCGCAACUCUCACCAACCAGUGGGAACCACUUCGAAAAGGAAGAUUUUCAUCAACGCUAAUAAAUAACAGAAUGUAUUAUUGAGUAUUUCGUUCGUAUCGAAAACAAGUGUAUAUACGGCUGUCGCGACAUGUCUGUCAAACUUUUGCGCUGUCUCGCCAGCGACUUUAUUCCGAAGGGCCAGCAUGUCCGUCACGGCCAUCGGAUGCGAGGAAAACCGCCGACAAUCGCCCGUACCUUGAAGCAACGUCUCGAGGAACUGAAUCGAGAGGACCCGACUUUGGAUUUCAAGGUGAACAUUGGUUAUCCGAUGACCAAGAUCUCCAGACGCUCGAUGAUAAGCGGUUGGAUGAACGAGAUCAUAGCACGCAGGAACAACGCUGAGCUCGAGAAAUCCUCGCGUACCAGGAAGCUGUUGGUGGACCUAAAGACAGUGAAAGAGAAUUGGCUACAAAUCGAUGGAUCCUCUCACACUCACAGAAUAGCGAAGCACUAUGGCGUUUACAAUGAUCUGUACGGAGACGCUUACUUCAUGCCGGUAGUCCCACUGAACAUAAGCUAUGAUACAGAGGAUGACAAGCUGAUAAAGGUUUACACCGGUAACGUGAUCAAGCCAGGCGAAGCUUCUAAGGCACCUGAUGUAACAUAUGAUGCAGAGGAUGGAACACUGUGGAGCUUGAUAAUGUCUACACCAGAUGGUAACUUGACCAGCGCAGACAACGAGUAUUGUCACUGGUUCAUCGGCAAUAUUCCUGGAAAUCGUUUGAAGGAAGGAGAGGAGUUAGUGGAUUAUCUGCAACCGAUAGCGCCAUACGGCAUCGGGUACUGCAGAUACAUCUUCGUGCUUUACAAGCAGAAUCAUAGCAUAGAUUUCUCGGAAUACAAGAAAACUAAGCCCUGCUUGAAUCUAAAGGAGCGUAACUGGAGAACGCUAGAUUUUUAUAGAAAAUAUCAGGACCAGUUGACACCUGCUGGUUUGGCGUUCUUCCAAUCAGAUUGGGAUCACUCGCUAAAGGAAUUUUAUUACAAUAUGCUAAAAAUGAGAGUGCCGAUAUUCCGGUACGAUUUUCCUAAACCGUACAUAAAGAAGCAAACGUGGUUCCCUUUGAAGCAACCCUUCAAUAUUUAUCUAGACAAAUAUCGCGAUCCCAAACAGAUAAGAAAGGAAUUUCUGUUAAGAAAGCUGAAGAAGGUUCAUCCCUUCGACGGGCCAGAGCCACCAAGAAGAUUCCCGUUGGCUCAUCCUGAUGGCAAAUACAUACCUUCCUGGCUAAAAUUCGAGAUAAUAAAGAAGAGGCGGGGAUACAGUCAUGUUAACGACCUCAAUGAAUACUAGAUUUAUACUAAUUGAUAAUGCAGAAUAUUGUACAAUAAAUAAAAGUUGUUUUCAAAUGUUGUAUUUUAUUGUGA